UAACCGGAAAGCACGGAUUACUUGUAGUGAAACAUUCCUGCGGUGUAUUCUAGCAGACGAAGGCAAAGAUCUUGCGCGACGAUGGUGCGGAAUCAAACGUUGCCGCGGAACGUAAUGGCUUCAAGGGAUAUAAUUCAGCGAGAACAUCUGCCACGCUGGAUUGACCGAAGUUGAUCAGUGUGAACACUUGAUCACUGGUCCUAUCUACGAAGCUCGGAAAAGGGCCAUGUGAUUCAGAUUCAGCGUGUGCAGUUUAUUGUGCUCUGCAAGUGACCUAUACCUACAGGGCUGUGUCAAUACCUUGUUUGUCACACCUUGAACGUGAUUGACGGCUGCAGUGUUUCAGCUUCCAAUUUAUGUGAAAUUUCGCCUUGCAAGCAGUAAUAAACUCGCAUUUGUUAAACUCGCAUUUUAUGUUAUAGUGUGCACUUAAGAAGCUCUUACGUUCGGAUGUCAAGAUUCAAUAAGUGCUUCGAAUCGGAAGAAGGUUCGCGUCGCUCAUAAGAUGAUUGUCUGCGUUGGGCCCAAGGGUUCUGGCAAAACAGCGCUUCUGAAAUGCCUGCAGCAGCGUCUGAGUGGUAAGGGAAGAAAUGUCGAGUUGCGGGACACGCGGCCGACGAUAGGUGUCAACAUGACGCUGCUGAAAAUUUCUAAGAACAAAACGUGUCAGGUGCGCGAAGUAGGCGGCGAAAUGGUGCCAUUUCUGCACCAACAGACUUCGGACGCCACGGGUCUUAUGUUCGUGGCCGAUUCUUCGAACGUGUUCCAGUUCGGCGAGACUUACGUCACUCUUCUGGACCUGCUCACCCUUCAAAACCUAAAGAAUGUACCCUUCUUGUUGGUCUUUAGCAAAACUGAUGCCAACCAGGCCGUUCCAUUGGAGGAGUACAAGGAUGCUAUGAGGCUUGCUGAUGUGCUUAGUGCUGCUGCGCAGGACAUUGCAACAGUGGAAACAAGCUCUUUGACAGGUUAUGGCAUGGACGAGAUUAUUGAAUGGCUGUCUCACAUUCCGACAGGCUGACAUUAAGCCUUGAAACCGUCCUUUAACUAUGCCCAUUCAUUGGCAUGUUGGUUGCCGAGCGCCUGUCAUUAGACACGGAAGCUGUGCUGGCUGAGUGUUCUUAUUAUGCAUCAUGAGAAAACAUGCGGAAAGCGGGAGAUCGAAAUUCAAGACAAUGAGCAAAAUGAGAACAAGGUAAAAGCAGGAGCCAACGUUUCGACAA